CACAUUUGCAGUCGAAUUGUUCGAGGUAUGCGAUUGCUCCAUCUCUAUGGUCGUGCGCGCUCUGUGAGGAAUUAAAUAUUUCCAAAUGUUUCGUCUAUCGACUAUCGCACAGAGGUUUACUUUGACACCAUCCGGAUGGCGAGCGACGAAAGACAAUCUCAAAUUUAGCUCUUCUUCGAUAAACCCUACGAAAAAUAGUGAGGAUACGUUGACUCGAGACCUCGUAGUUCCUGCGGCAAAUUGCCGGCUUUUUGUGGCUUGGCACCCAGAAAGGGAUGUCCCAUUCGAACACACCAGACCAUUAGAAGCCACUGAGGAGGAAAUCCGUGAGGCAGCCAAAGAGGCUUCAACCGCUUUGAAGCUUCCUACUCGUCCGUUGUUCUUCCGAAAUAUUCGAAACGAGGUAGAGUACCUCAGGAAAAUAACGUACACGAAUAAACAUCGAUGGUACGCCCAACCCCGUGAUAAGAAAACAUAUCGGCGAAAGCACGACCGCGAUGGCCUAUAAAAUUCAUUAAUUCGAAACUAGUAUUCGCGUACAGGUACAUGUUUUGAGGAGUGGCAAUAAAUACUUUUAUUUUAUAAAAAAAAAGUGAUUGUUGCUGGUGUAUACUUUUAUUUUAAGAAGGCAUAUUUUGUAACUUAGGAAGCAAUUGGUACCAUCGAAACAUAGUUAACUUACAAUAUGGUGAUUAACUUAAAAUAAAUCCACCCUAUGACAUUAUAAUAUCUGGUUUUGUUGCCGUCGACAACAGCUGAAUGUUAUAGUUUCUAUUUGUAUGCACCUAAGGGAAUCAUAUAAUGUGGCAGAUUGCGGUCUCUCUAGCGCAUAAUUCACUAAUAAAUCCCGGAUAUUGCUUUUUUCUUUAACUUCCGGAGCUACGUAAUUUGAAAACCAGCUGGAAAUUUUCUGUACCACUGCAUAUUCUUUUUUCGGAAGGAAAAAACAAUGUUCUCAAAACCUUGACAAAAUGGGUCCAGUGAUGGAAUAAUAGACUUAUGAUGAGAAUGGUACAGAGUAUUAUUAUAUUUCUAGGCGCUUUCGGAUUGAUUGACAGAUUGACGUCUGUUUGAUUAACGAAGCCGAAAUAUAUAAGCUACUCGAUUGAAAAUUAUAUAGCUUACUCGUAAGCCACUGGCGCGCCCAUCUAGGGUGAACAUAUUCACAUUUAUGUAUGACAAUUUUAAUGAAAAAUUAAUUGACGAAAACAAAUCUAAAGAAAUUUAGCAUUCACUGUAUAAUGUGUAAAAAAUAUCGAUAUCGCUAACAAAAUAAAAAAGAGAAGCUACCGAACUUGCGAUGCCUGCUAAUUGAUAAAAAGCACAGAUUUUACAUUUAGAAUUUUUGAAAUAAUAGUUUGAAAUAAUUACAGAUUUUAUAUUUCGAGUAUAAAAAGUUUUAAAUCCCUUGAAAAUUUCAAGCAAAAUGAAUAUAAAUUGCACCAUUUUUUUAUUGUCUGCUACAGCGACCCUAAUUGUUAGUUCUGUGCCCGGACAUUUUUGGAAAUGCUAAACUCGAUAGCGUUACAGAAAUUAAAGCACCUGAUAAAAUCAGUAUAAAAUAAAACUCUAGGUAAUAUCUUCCUGGAGAAUUUGCUAUGGUUUUUAAAUUAUAAGGGUAGAAUUACAAUGCAAAAUUCCAUAAUUUGAUGAAAUAGUAAAUAGCUUUUGCAUAAUUCCACAACCUUAUUUUUAGUUAAAGGAAUCAAUGUGUGGAAAAAGCUAAAAAAAGAACCUAGCUAUACCUAAACGCUGUGAACGUAUUACACGGUCAGUUUACGAUUUUUUGUUAGGACUUUUUAUUAAUUACAUACUAAGUGACACACUACCUCGUAACUUUUAUUAUAAUAGCUCACACUUAUUCAGUUUCCUUUCCUAAUUUUAAUAAAUCGGUUGUAUUGCCUUAAAAGUCGAUUUUAAUGGUUACUUGUUUUGAAUGGGCCUUCACUGCUAAAUUUCCACAACUAGGUCGUUGCAUUCUCGAUCAGUUCAGAAAAUCAAUCCCAAAAACGAGCAAGUAUUUAUUGAUCCAAAGCACCGAGAUGGUAGACGACACCCCGAUCUCCCGAGUUUCUUUCUUUCUUAGCAAGCUUUCUCUUUGAUCGCUUUUUCGUCCAUACUACAGGCCGACUUU